AUGAUCAUCAGCCUUAAAUUUUAUGAAUCGGUACAAAAAUCGAAAAGUGUAAUAGAAAGCUCCAAUCAUCAACAUACGUUACAAUUACCAGUGAAAAUACCAGAAACAAAAGAACCAUUUGAUAUAUCCACAAGACAGAGUAGAUACAAUGAAUCUAAAAUAGAAAUAGAAACUUCAAAAGAAAUCAUUCAAUCACAUAUAACUACGGUAGACAAUUCAUCGAUAUCUAAAUCAUACGAAGAUUUGAAAAAACAGUUACAAAAUUGUUUCGAUGAAUUUGAUAUCAGUAAUGACGACGAAUUAAAAACUCGAAUCGAGGAAAAGAAAAAACGAAUAGAAGAUUUAACAAAGCAAGGAAAGCAUGACAAUGCACGAAAACGAGAAAAAUCAUUAACAAAAUUAGAGGAAGUUCAAUCAUUAAUGAAUAGAAUUAAAGAGCUCGAAACUUUUGAACUAAACGAUGAUUUUCAAACAUUAAAAAAACAGUUAGAUACUGCUUUCGUUGAACGUGAUAUUGAUAAUGAAGAACAUUUAAAAGAGUUAAUCAUCAAAAAGAAAAAAAGAAUAGAAGCAUUAGAAAAUGAAAGAAAGUAUGAUAUUGCGCAUUUGCGUAAAAAUUCUCUAUCAGAAUUAGAGAAUAUUCAAUUGCUAAUCGAUAAAAUUAAUUCUAUGAAAUCAUCCCUUACACAGAUUGAAUCUGAAAUGUCACAGAAAUUUGUACAUGAUAUUGAUUCAAAUGAAAAUGUAAUGAAUAGUUUCGAUCAGGAGGAGUUUUCAAUUACAAAUGAAAGUCUAUGUAAUAUGUACCAAGAUUUUUGCUCACUACCACCAUGUUCUGAGCGAUCCGUUAUCUGUUUAUUAUAUUAUAUUUCUCUUCACUUAAUCAACAACAAAAUCACUCUAGAUCCAAGUAUCGUACUACCUGAUAACAUAGAAAUAGAAAUAGAUAGAGAACUUGAAAUUUUGCAAGAUCGAUUAAAAUUAGAAGAAUCAUCAUCUUCAGAGAUUCGAAAUUCAAUCAAAGAACUUUCGAUAUAUAUAAAAAAUAAGCAUUGGAAGAAUUGUAUAAGUUUAUUAAGAAAAAUUUUCCAAGAAAUUAGUCCAUUAAAUAUUCAUGAUUUAUUUCGAUUAAUAGAAAAAGUUGAUGAUGCAGCAGAAUUAAUAAAAAAUAAAGAUAUUAUUUUUCUUCUUGGUGGUACUGGAUCAGGUAAAUCAACAACAAUUCAUUUUCUUGCUGGAUCGAAAAUGAUUGCAACAACAAUAGGAGGACUAAAUCAUAUUGCUGCUACAGAUAUAAAAAAUCCAGAUCUAAGAAAUGUAACCACUUCACCUUUUGCUAAAUCUGAAACUCGUUGCAUCAGACCUGUAACUAUAAACUUUGAUGAUGUUGGCGCAUAUCAUAAUGGUAGUAUUAUUUUGUGUGAUACUCCAGGAUUUGAAGAUACCAAUGGACCUGAAGUAGAUAUUGCAAAUGGAAUAAGUAUUGUUAAAGCAAUAAGACGAUGUAGAAGUGUAAAACCAGUUGUCUUAAUUAGUUAUAAAAGUAUAGGUGAUAGAUUUGAAGGUUUAAAAAAUCUCACACAUCUAUUAGCGGGUUUAAUACCAAGUAUUAACGAUCAAAUUACGGCUUUUUCUUAUAUAUUUACAAAGUAUCCCGAAAACGAAAGACAUACAAUACAUGCAUCAUUAGAAAACAUCAAAAAAACGAUGACUGAUCAAGAAAAAUUCGACACUAGUUUUAUGAAUUUAUUUCGGGAUAUGCUACAGAAAACAAAAAGACAUACUCUAGUGUUAGAUCCAAUACAAGAUGAACCCGGAGAUCUCCUUGAUGAACUCGUCAAUUCAGCUGUUAUUCAGUAUCCAGAAGAAGUUUUUCAAUUCUCGAUUACAGAUAAGUCUAAGGCUAUUGUACAUGAACAAGUAAGAAACUAUCAAUUAAGCAUUAUAUCAGCAGUUAAACGUUCCGAAUAUUCAUUGAUAAAAUAUCAACUUGAUCAAUUGAAACGUUUAAAGGAUCUACUUAAUCAAGAAUACAUUGAACAGAUCUACACUGAUUGUAUUCAACAUCUAAGUAGACAUCUUUUAGAAGAAUAUCAAGAGGGUACUUCAAUAUUAAAUCGAUGCCUAAUGCAUCAAACAGUUUUGACUGAUGAUGAUAUUAAACAAUAUCAAGUAUACUUCGAUCAUGCGAAUUUUGCAGAAAAACUAAGGAAUGAACAUUUAAACAAUGAAGGCGUUCAUAGUAGCGCGUUUAUUCAAUAUUUAAAUCAACAACUAGACCAGAUAGAUGUAGAUCUAAGAGAAAAAGAGAUUGAUGAUUCAUCAGUAAAAGUAAGUUUAGAUAAAAUAAAACUUCUUAAAAAAUAUUUUCCUGAUAUUAGUAAUACAUAUGAAAGGAUUUGUCAGUCGUUUGCUGAAAAAAUCGAAUUCAAAGUUAAUUCUUUCGAAAAUUCUGUCUUAAAUAAUCAAUUUACAGAGAGUGCUGCUAUCAUGAAAAGCUUAUCUGAUACAUUAAAUAUUUUACAUGAUCAUUUAGAUCAUCAAAAUAUCGAAACUAAAUAUUUAAGAUUGAAAGAAUAUUUUAUAAAUUAUUUAAAUAAUUCUGCCAAAGAAUUAGAUCAUAUUUUUAAACAAACGAAACUUGAAAAAACUGACAUAGAUAAAAUAAAUAAUUGUUUAAGUAUGCUAGAAACAGCUUUAAAAACAUUGAAUCUUGAAGUACACAUUUCAAACCAAUAUAUAAAUCAAAUUUAUCAAAAUUUUUCAUCAAAAAUUUUAAAAUAUUUUGAAAAUAUUAUUCAAGAAAUCAAGACAGAAUUUAAGAAGCAAAAUGCAUUUCAGAAUUUAGAAAAUCUCAUCCAACAAUUAGAUUUGAUUAGAACGAUUUCUAGUAUUGCACUUGAAACAAGUCAAGUCUAUUAUGCUACUUUAGAAGAAUUAUUUGGAUAUAUAUAUCAAUCAAGACGAGAUGCUGAAGAACUUUUAAGACUUUUAUUUCAAGGUGGAGAAACAGUUGAUUAUGAGAAACUUAUAAAAUGUCUAUCAAAUUUAAAAAAUGCUACUUGGAUAGAGAAAUAUCGACCUGGACUUUAUUCAGAUGUAAUAAAUAAUGUUGAACAACAAAUUAUUCAACAUGUAGAAAAAUUAAAAAAGUCUAUCAUUAAAAUCAAUUUAGAUCUUGAUCAUUCUCAUAAUAUUAAACAUGUUUCUAAGAUAUUAUAUGACAUCAAUGAAAUGAAAUAUUUAGAAAAUUUUAUUUCAACUGUAAAUGAGCAUAUAGAAGAAGCUAAUUCUUGGUUUCAAACAACAACAAACAAUGUUUUUGAUAUUAUUAAAAAUACAUUUAGUUUAGAGAAAUGGAAAGAACAAGAAUAUAAAACAUUAGAUUUUAUUAAAGCUGAAAAAGCAUUUUAUUACUUAGAUAGUUGUAAAGAUGGACCUGUUCUAAUUAAAAGAGAUUGUAUAUCUGUACUUAAUAAUUUAGAAGGUUUUAUAAGAGAUUUUAGUGAUUUAGUUCAAAAAGAAAUGGAAACUUGUUUUGAAACAAUUAAAAAAUCUCAAAACACAAAUACCAACGAUAUUUUAGAUAAAGUUCGCAUACUAUCCUCUCGUCUACAAGAAAUAUCUGAUAUAGAAAAAGCAUGUCCUCGUGUUUUCUCUCAUUUUUCUAAGAAAACUAUAGUUAAAGAUUGGCAAACUGAAUUAUCAAGUUAUUGUUUUGAAUUAUCAGGUGAAAUGGCAAGAUUAAGCGUUACGCAACGAGCUGAAGCUCUCAAUAUUAGACUAUUGACAGCAAAAGCAUUUAGUAAAUUAGAUAAGUUUUUAGAAGGUGAAAAAUAUAUUGAUAUUUAUAAUAAAUAUCAAAAUAUAUUUUUUACACAAAGUAAUGAUAUUGGUCAACAAAUUAUAGAUGCUAUUAAAAAUUUUGAUUAUGAAAGUGUUGCAGUUAGAAUGAUGACUUUACAAUCAUCAAAUGAAGUAGGAAAACAUUUUUAUGCAGAAGCUAAACGACCAUUAAAUGCCGGUUUAAAUCAACUAAUGGAAGGAACUGAGGAUCAAGUAAUUAUGCUUGGAAAUAAUAUAGCAAUAGAAGAUAUAAGAUUAAUUGUAGAGAAUUUAAAACGAAUGGAAAGAGCAAAACAAUUUAUAGAAAAACAUUUAGAUGCACCAAAUAAAAUAGAUGACUGUGUAAGAAAUGUUAAAGCAAUAAUUGAAGAACGAAUAAAACGUUAUCUAGCGGGAGUUAAAGCUCUCAUAGAUAAUCAUAAUUUUUAUGAAGCAGAUAGAAAAAUUGAAUCAAUUACAUUAGUACGUAAUUUAUUAGGAAAAUAUUGUACAAAAGAAAUUUCUGAUCAGAUUGAAAAUUUAAAUGAAUAUCAAAAUACAGUUGUAUUAACAAAUGUUGUUGAUAAAUACUCUGAAAUGGAUAUUAGUGGUUAUACAUUAAAUCCACCAACAGAUAUUUUUGAAAGAUUUGGACAAGUUAAUCAAACUAAUCCAGUAUAUAAUCAGGCAUUAAAUCAAAUAAAAGAAAAAAUACUUGUUAAAUUUCGAGAAGAAUUAGAUAAAGCUAAAUCAAAACAACCACCAGAUUCAGAAAAUAUACAUAUUAGAAAAUUUGAAUCUGCAGUUAAAUAUUUACCAGAUGCAAUGAGAAAUGCACUUGAAGUUGAAUUAAGACAUUGUAAAGAAGAUAUUGUUCAACUUAUUCAAGAUAAUGAAAAUAAAUUAAAUAAUGCAUUUAGUAGUGGUGAUGUACGAAAUAUUAAAAGUAUUCUUUUAGAAUAUGAAAAAUCACAAGAAUUACAAUCUUUUGCUAAUAGAGUUAAAGCACUUGUUUUAAAACAAAUACAAGAAAUUGUUUUGAAAAUAAAUGAAAAUUUUGAACACUAUGAAAUUCGAGAGGCAUUUACACAUGUUAAAAAAUUAUAUAUUUAUAAAAUAGAAUUAGAAGAAGUUAUGAUCGAUAUUAAUCGACCAUAUUCAGAAGUACGAUUACGUAUAAUAAAAAUAUUUGAAGAUGCAUAUCUAUUUUUUACAAAUCGAUUUUUAAAUUCUCAUAUGUCUAUGAGUGAAAAUGAAGGUGUUUUAGCAAUCGAGAAAAGUUUUAUUUGUUUGACAGAAUUUAUUAAAUUUCAAGAUGAUCAUAAAAAUCAACAAAUUUUAAUUUAUAUCCUUCCGGAUGAUUUUAGUGAUAAAAUUAACACAUUGAUAACAAAAAUUCAAGAUUAUUCAAAUGAACAUGAAACAAAAUAUAAACAUGCCUUAGAAAAAAUCGACACUGAUUCUCUUUUAAAUAUUUUGAAAAUAAUGCUUAUUUGGAGUUCUUUAUUAACAAAAAUAAAAGUUUAUUAUGACAUGUAUAAUAAUAGAGAUACAUCUAUGGAAAUUAUGAUGACAAGCUUACAACAGCUUACUCAUCAUUCUCAAAUAUUACAAUCAAUAUCUCGAAGAAUUGAAGAUUUAAAAAAUGAACUUUUAAAUCAAGAACUUCUUAAUCAUGAUACAAGAGAAUUUAGUACAAUACGUGACGAAUUUUAUCGAAAACUAAAUGAAAAAUUGAUCAUUUUGAGUCGAACUAAAGCUUUUAGUCAAUUUAAUAUACAAAUUGAUAUAGAUAGGAUUGAAAAAGAUUGUCUAGAAUCAUUAGAAUCUAAAAUUAGAACACUAUGUUCUAAUUCUGAAAAAAUUUUAAGUAAAAUUUCACAAGAUAAUAUAUUAACAAGAGUAGAAUACGAUAAUAUUAAUUUAUACUAUUGUAACUUAAUAUCCAUUCGACAAGAAAUCAAAGUUAUACAUUUAGACAUUCAGUUAAGCAUUGAAAAAAUUGAAGGAAUUGUUUUUGAUAAAAUUCAUACAUGGGAAGCUUUGAUUGAAAGUGAUCCAAGACUUCAGAAUGUUGUUACAAAUUUGAAAAAUAUUAAACGUAUUGCAAAUAAUAUUUCCUCAUUUAGAAUUAAAGUAAAUGAAAGAAUAGAUGAAGUGCUUAAGAAUUAUAAAAGUAAACAAGAUGCUAAAGCUUUAGCUAAAUUAGGUACAGUUUUAAAUCAAGAUAAAGAUGGUCUUGGUCAAAGUAUUAUUUCAGAACAUAGAUUAUUUCAGGGUUUUUCAUUAUCUUUAUUUAAUGAAAAAACUCGAAGACACGGUAUUGAAUAUGUACUAGAUAACUUAAAAGGUGAUCAUGUUGACAAAGUAAAAUUACGUAGACGAUAUGAUGAAUUUCAUAAUAUCUAUGAGAAAGUUGUCAAAGAAAAUCUUAGUCCAGAUAUGAAACUUGAUAAAUUAAUUUCCGAUACUAAAUUAAUCACAGGAAAUAUGAGAGAAAACUCAGAGACCAUUACAUGGAAUGCACAUGUAAGAGGUCAAAUUCCAAAACUAGCUGCACAUAUUUUUGCUCUUUGGACACUUUCAAAAGCCGAACAUUAUUUUGAAGCUGAAGGUUUAGAUGAUAGAAAUAAUUAUCUUAUUCAACCACAUGCAGCUCAAAUAAUAUCUAUAUUUCGUCUACUAGGCAUUGGUGAUGAUAAUGAAGAAUUGAUGAAUAAUUUAGUACAAAUAGGAACUGGUGAAGGAAAAUCUAUAACAUUAGGAGCCACAGCUGUUAUACUUGCACUAAUAGGUUUUGAUGUACAUUGUGCAUGUUUUAGUAAAUAUUUAAGUCAAAGAGAUUACUUAGCAUUUUUGCCUUUAUUUGAUUCACUAGAAGUACUUCAUUAUAUACAUUAUGGUACUUUCAAUAAACUCUGUGAAGAUAUGAUUAAUGAAAAUGGUGAUAUUCGUCACAUAGUAGAAAAGUUAAUUUCUAAUACUACCAAUGAUGAUAAAAAAAUUAGUCGAAAAAAUAAACGACCUAAAAUAUUACUUAUUGAUGAAGUUGAUGUUUUCUUUAGUCGAGAAUUCUAUGGUAAUUUAUAUACACCAUCAGCUAGUUUGAAAGAUCCUACUAUUACAUCUUUAGUUAAUUUUAUUUGGACUCAUAGAAAAUCAAAUUUAAACUUGAAAAAAAUUCAAAUUACACCUGAAUAUCAGGCUUGUAAUCAAAAAUUUCCGUAUUGGAUAUUAUUGAUCGAUGAAGCUAUCAAAGAUAUGCUUGCCGAUGUUCAUAGUUUUGAAUCUCAUGAUUAUGUUGUUAAAAAUGAUAAAAUUGGAUAUAUAGAACAAGAUAAUAUUGUAUAUAAUGUUGUUUUUGGAUAUAAAACUUUAUUUGCAUAUCAUUGUGAACAUGAGAAAGGUAAUAUCAGUAAAGAAAGUUUAGAUGAAAAUAUAAGUAUAAGAAUUAAUUGUGGUAGUUUUUCGUAUGCUGAAGUACCACUUCAAUUUAAAUAUAUUAUGGGUGUUACAGGUACAUUAGAAACUCUAAGUGAUCCUGAGAGAAAAGUGAUAAAAAAUGAUUAUAAAAUCAUCAAAAAUACGUAUGUUCCAUCUGUUUUUGGACAAAAUAACCUUCGAUUUAUAGAAAAAGAUGACAUUAUAAUUGAGAAUAUUAAUGAUUAUUUUAAUAGAAUAAAAAGAGAAAUUGAUGAUAGAAUAAUAGGAAGAAAUUCCGAAAAACGUGCUAUUUUAGUAGUUUUUGAAUCAAAAGCAAAAUUAAUGCAAUUUUAUGAAUCACCAGCUCUAGAAUCAAUUAAAGAAUCCGUUGUCUAUCUAACAGAAGAUACAUUAUUACAAGAAAAAGAAAACAUCAUUAAUCGUGCGACUGUAUCAGGUCAAAUUACUUUAUUUACGAGAACGUUUGGUCGAGGAACUGAUUUUAUAUGUCAUGAUCAAAUUGUUGCCACCAAUGGUGGUACACAUGUUAUUCAAACAUUUCUUUCAGAAGAAUUUUCUGAAGAAAAACAAAUUAAAGGUAGAACUGCUAGACAAGGUGAUCAAGGAUCUUAUAGUAUGAUUUUACUUGAUCGUGAUUUAGAAAAAUUUCAUAUAGAAAAAUCACAUAUUGACGAUAUUUUAAAAGGAAAAGGAUUUAUAGCUCGUAUUGCUGAUACUGUCACCGAUACUCUUAAACUUACAAAAACCUAUGAUACACUCUAUCCUUUUCUUCAUGAUAAACGUACUGAAUUAUUUAAAACUCAAUAUGAAGCGAAUAUAAAAUAUGUUGAACAAGCAAAAGAAAAACAUUUAAUUUCACAAGAGUUUUUAUUUCAUCUUCAUUCUGGAGAUAUUGAUUCGGUUAGAAAAUUUUUAAUUGAAGAAAAUAGAGGAGCAGCAAGUACAUCACAAUCACGAACUGUUUGUCUUAUGGAUGCAACAGGUUCUAUGUUUCAUUUAUUACAUAAAUGUAAAAAUACAGUAGAUAUUAUGUUUGAACGUGCAUCAGAAAUUUUAAAAGAUCAUAGUAUGAAUCCUGAUUCAUUUCAAAUUCAAUUUGUUGUCUAUAGAAAUUAUAAUAGUUUUCAAAAUAAACUUCUUCAAAGUUCUCCUUGGGAAACAAAACCACACAAUUUACGUGCUUUUAUGAAUACAAUUGAUGUUGAAGGAGGUUGGAAUAAUGAAGCUAUUGAAAUUGGUUUAUGGCAUGCUAAUAAAGAACAUGAAAGAGAACAUAUAACUCAAGUUAUUUUAAUUGGUGACGCACCUCCAAAUACUCAAGAAGAUGUUCAGAUGAAGAGAAAUGUUUUUGGACAGAAAUAUUGGAAAAAAACGAAAUUUUCUGAAGCAACUUAUUAUGAAAAAGAAUUAGAAAAAUUAGUAGAAAAUAGUAUUCCAGUACAUGCUUUUUAUGUAGAAAUGCGUGCAGAAGAAAAGUUUCAACUGAUUGCUAAUCGAACGCACGGACGAUGUGAAAUGUUAGAUAUAAAUUCUAGUUUAGGAUCAGAUAUGUUAACAGAUUUAGUAACUGAAGAAAUUUUAAACAAUAUCGGAGGACAACAUAAAGGAAAGGAUCUUGUUACAGCAUAUAGAAAAAAAUUCCCAAAAAGCUAUACUAGUGCUUCUGCAGAAUCUAUUAUCACAACGGAUAAUAACUCAUUAUCUAGAAAUUUAUAUAAUUCACCUAUAGCAAAAGCUACAGGUGCUUUAUUUCGAAUGAGUAAAAAGUAA